GCAUGGCGCGACCUCAACCAAAACUAGAUGCAAAUCACACCAAGGGAAGAUUCAACUCGUGCGUGGCAGUAAUCACCGGGGGAGCCUCGGGUAUAAACAGGGCGUGUGUCAGUCGUUUCCUGAAUGACGGUGCGUCCGUGGCCUUCUUCGACAUCGACCAAGAUGCGGGGAAACAGUUGGAGUCAGAGCUUAAGGCGGAGGGGUUAGACGCCGCAUAUUACCAAGUCGAUGUGUCUAACAGGGACGCGUGUUCUAAGGCACUGGUAGACAUAGCAGACAAACAUGGUGGCAGCAUUAACUAUGUGAUAAACGGCGCUGCGUGUUUUAUUUUCAAGGGUAUGGACGCAUCCUCGUCAGACUGGGAGAAGACACUGACUGUGAACGUGGUUGGAUAUGCCAACAUGGUGCAGGCAUGUCACCCCUACAUGAAAAAAGCCGAGCCGGGCUGCCGCGCUGUCGUUAAUAUUGCCAGCAUCACCGGACAUAUACCAAAACGAAAUCGCUGGACAUACGACGCCAGUAAAGGAGCUGUCUUGCAACUAACCAGGUGUAUGGCACUUGACCUGGCUAAAGACGGAAUAAGGGUCAACUCGGUUUCCCCGGCAGUUAUAAAUACACCUUCGGCGGAGAGAAUCCAAAUGAACUUCACUGAGGCGCAGAGGGAGUGGUCGGCGGGUUGUCACAUGAUGAACCGCCAGGGGGAAUCUUCAGAAGUUGCCGCCGCCAUUGCCUUCCUCUGCAGCAGAGACGCUUCCUUCAUCACCGGCGCCGAUCUCCCGGUAGAUGGCGGCUACACGGUGAUAGGCCCUGAAAGGCAUGGGAAAGAUGGGCCAGAUUUCAGUGGAAAUAUUCCUGACUAGUUGAUAUAAGGGAGAAAACUUAAUAAUGAAUAAAAAAAUUAACUGAUUAUGUGUUGUUCCUUAUGAUUUCUCCAGUUUAACAUAAAAUGGACGCGAUCUCCAUCCUUACUGUAACUUAACUUCAACUGGGCUCAUAUGAGCUACUG